AUGCAUUUUCGAGCACCGCGCCCAAAAUCACUCGUGGAGCUAUUUGCUCUCACACUCACGCUCAGCGUCCUGUGGUAUCUGAUUCUCGGCCAAAGCCGCAAUCAGUCCGUAAAGCCACAGCGAAACAAGUCAGAGCGUUUCUUACCAUGUUCGCAGCUUCCAGGCGCGAACGACACGGUCGUAGUGCUGAAGACCAGUGUCGCGGAGCUUGAGGAGCGGCUUCCUAUGCACUUCGACACGACUCUGCAGUGCUAUCCCAACUACCUCAUCUUCUCAGAUCUGAAGGAGAAGUAUCAGGGUCAUCACUUAUUAGACCCAUUGGCUUCCGUGAGCGCGAAGAUCCGCCUCUCCAAUCCCGAUUUCGAGCUGUGGAGACGCGUUCAUAAAUCUGGACCCGAUGCUUUGGAAGACGAAGAAAUAUGGCGACCGGAAGAGACCAUGAAGAAUCUAGACAAGUGGAAGUGGCUCCCGAUGGUCGAACGCACCUUGGCAGAGUACCCUGACGCCGCAUGGUACAUUCUACUCGAGACAGACACUUAUCUGUUCUGGAGCACACUGCUGUCCUGGUUGAAGGCCUUCGAUCAUACCCAAUCAUACUACUUUGGAUCUGGCAGGUGGUUCGAUGGAAGUGAGUAUGCUCACGCAGGCGCGGGCAUCGUACUGUCGAAGACUGCAAUGGAGAUUAUAGUGCAGCAUUACAGCAACAGCCAAGUCGGAUGGGAGCGCUAUGUUGCGAACAGUGAGCACGGCGAUGUUGUGCUGGGCAGAGUGCUGGCGCAAUCUAAGACCACUCUAUCGCCAGCCUGGCCUCUGCUGCAACAAGAAGGCCCAGCGAAGUUGGACUUCUCUUCGCAGAACAACGGUAAAAGGCUUUGGUGUUCUCCAGCAGGCUCAUAUCAUGGCUUGUUUCCUGGCGAUAUUGGCGAGCUCUGGAAAUUCGAGCAACAAUGGAUGCGAGAGAAGCCAGGCCGUAUGAUUCGACAUAGCGAUAUCUUCAGCUCGUUCAUAAUGCCGCGCCUACUUAUUCGAUCUGGCAGGGUGGACGACUGGGAUAAUUAUAGCGGCGACUUGGACAUCGGAAAAGAUGACACGGAUAUGGAUCAGUGCCGACAAACCUGCGUUGAUCAUCCCUCGUGCGUGCAAUACUCCUUCGCAGAUGCUAAAUGCAAAUUCUCAAGCGUGCCGAGAAUGGGAGCCUCUAAGAAUGGCGUCCAAUCGCGCUGGCUGCUGGCAAGAGCGCAGCGUUUUGCUGAUCAGAUUGAGCCAUGUCCUCCCUGA